AUGUACAAUAAAGAGGGAGAAACGUCAAUAGAUGAGAAAGAAGUAUCAAAACGAGUAAUGAAGCAGAAGGAGCGACGAAUAAGACAGAGGAAGGAAAGCAGGUUGGAUAGAAUUGUGAAUGAGAAAGAAGUCUCACAAAUGGAACCGCCAGCAAAGAAAAAGAAACACCACGAAAAACAGAAGACCAGAGAAGGUUCAAGUUUGUCAAAAGAUGAAAUCAAGGAUGACAAGCCCUAUUUUCAAUUGAGUGACUUCAACGAGAUCAUCACUCAUUUGGAGAAUGGGAAAGACGUCGUCAAGGAGACACUCGACUCGAUUCAAAGGCGACUUCAAGAUGUCAAAACACGUGCCGACACGCCUCUGCCAGAAGACGUCAAGCUCGCCGUCCACGAGAUCAUCAACGAUUUGAAGGCCAUCGAUACCCAGAUCGGCAAACUGGAAAAUAUCGAAACACAAAAGAAUUGGCUUGUGACGUUCAGCGAAUGCCUCGAGGAGCACCACACAGAUUCUCGAAACCGGAAAUGGUUAAUGAGUGAAGCGGCUGAAGCACAGGCGUGGAUUGAGGAGCAGAUGGAUCAACUGAAAAACGACUACAACCAAACAGAAUUCUCAGUGGGGGAAGGAGAGCAAGUUGUCGACGAACUUGAACAGAUGAAGACGACUAUCGAAAAGUAUCAAAAUGUUCUGAUGACACUCACCGACAAAAACGCCUUCAUUUCUCCGCUCUGGAAGAGGAGAGAAAGAAUCUCGGAGCCAACGAUUGUGACGGCACUUAGACAUUAUGAAGACCGAAUCAUCUCUAUCAACGCGGGCGAGAACGUCGUCCUUCUUGACAACUCGGAUUCAACGAAAUGGAUCGUCCGUGAUGCGAUGGGACUCGAAGGGCAAGUGCCGUCCGUUCUGCUCCGUUUUCCACCAACGGAUUCGCGGUCAACGUCUUUCCUCAUCUAUCUAACACAACAAUUUGAGAAGUUGAAGGAGUUGUGGGAGAAGAAAAAGCAAAUGGUACGACUCAAUUUGGUUCUGAGCACGAUGAGAAGUAUUCAAACAUCGAACACGUUCUAUUCAAAUGAGAACCAUGGCGCCUUCGUGAAGGAUCUCAACAAAGAAUUAGCAAAAUUGCUCAGUCGGCUCGAACCGGACGAUCCGGUGGCUCUCCGCCUCCGGACAGACUUCUCCACUUUUUUCCACGCCGCACAGAAGUCACCGGAGCCGGAUCCGAAGUCUGGUCAAGGAAACAGUGACGAAAGCCUGGAUGAGCACUAUGGGCGGGAGCAGUUGAGAAAUGAGUCGAUGAUGAGCAUCGAGAGAAUCGACAGUGUCGAGAGUUCUACACCAACAAUAUCAACAUCUCCACCUUCACUCGAUCAUCUUGAUUUGAGAUUUGUCAACUUCAGAAGACCGAAUUCUUUCAAAACCGAUGAGAUGACGUCACGAGAUGGUGGAAAUGGAAUGAGCGACGAAUCGACAUCUGAUGUUGACGUCAUGGAUACGUCAUCUCAUCGUCGUGGAUCCGGUGUCAUGGAUACGUCACGUGACUAUAAAAACUUGAAACGAAGAAACGAGAAGGAUGCCGUUGAUGAAAAAGAUGAGCCGUCGGCAAAAAGAGUUUCGAUGCACGAUUAUAUGGAAGAUGGGAGAUCCAGUUUAGAUGAAGGGAACGUUCAAUAUCCGGUUGAUUCAAUGCCAAAAUCAGAAGAAAGAUGCUGUAAGAAUAACGAAAUGUGUAAGAUUUCUACACCAGCAACAUCUCCAGAUUCUUUCGAUCAUCUCGACUUGAGAUAUGUCACCUUCAGAAGACCGAAUAGAAGAUGA